CGCUGCCUCCCCCCUCGUCUCAACCCAAGGCCGUGGUAAGAGGGAGAUAGGAGAGUAUAGACUGAGAGCCGUGCCUCGAUGGCGUGCUGCUUCGUCCGCGCUUGGUUUCGCACAGCAGCCAGCAACGCUGAAAAUUCUGCUCAGCCCGGAAAGCGAUCUUGUAUCGUCUGAGAACCCCGGUCAGCCAUGGCCGACCAAGUUGAUGAGCAGCCUCAGCAGGCGAUUGCGAUAGAUUGGGAGGAGGAAUCCGCGCUGGGAGACGACGCCGCUUCGGAGACGGCGACCUUGCGUUCAUCAAUCUACAAUUACGUGUACGAAAACGGGAGGAGAUACCACAGCUUCAGGCAAGGGGCGUACUGGGGACCCAACGACGAAGAGGCCCAGGACAAUCUCGACCUCUUUCACCACAUUUUUGCCCUCUCUCUCGGCGGGCGCCUGCACCUGGCGCCGCUCGACAAUCCCCAGCGCGUCCUAGACAUCGGCACCGGCACUGGAAUAUGGGCGAUCGAAUUCGGCGACACGUACCCUUCAGCGCAUGUCAUCGCGACAGAUCUUUCCCCCAUCCAGCCUGACCUUGUUCCGCCCAAUGUGGAGUUCCAGAUCGACGACUUCACCGAGGAAUGGACCUUUAAGCCAUCCAGCUUCGACUUCAUACACGCGCGGAGCCUGUACGGCUGCGUUGCGGACUAUCAGGCCCUGUACGCCGAAGUCCUUAAGGCGCUAAAGCCGGGUGCGUGGUUCGAGCAGGCCGAGAUCAGCGUCGUGCCCAAGUCCGACGACGGAAGCAUCGACGGCACGUACCUCGAGCAGUGGGGCAAACUGGCCAUCGAGUGCGGUGAGAAGUUCGGCAAGUCCUUCGCCAUCGCAGAGGAUUCGGAGCACGAGUUCAGAAAGGCUGGCUUCGAAAACAUAGAAUACAAGACCUUCAAAUGGCCAAUUGGCACGUGGCCAAAAGACCCCAUGUACAAGACCAUCGGGGCAUAUAAUAGGAUGGGAUGGGAGGACGGCAUCGAAGGUUGGGCCAUGUUUCUGUUCACGAACUACCUAAAGUGGCAGAAGGAGGAAGUGCAGGUUCUGAUCGCUGGCAUCAGAAAGAACCUGAGAGACCCAAACCUUCACGGGUGGCAAAAUAUAUCGAUAUGUUACGGCCAGAAGCCCAUGAACCCUGCACCAACCCAGGAGUCUUGAAGCUAUGGACUUUGUGCCGGGAUAGCACUCGUUAUUCUUCGUACGUCUUCUUGUAUUUGAAGUGUUUUUUUUUCGUCGGCAUGGGCAGCGAAAUUACAGCGCACGUUUAUAAGGAUGGGACAAUGAGUUCAACUGAAAACACAAAUUUGGCGGACAAAAAUGUUUUCGUUCACUACCGACACCACUAGAAACCCCUCAACUGCAAAUUCAAAGUAAGAUGAUAUUCGCUCCCUGUUUGUCGUCAAGAAUCUCACAAUCUCAGGCUGAGCCGAUCCUUUGCAUGCUGAGCUGCGAGGUUCCGCAUGUGCAGCAUCGAGAUCAACAAUGCUUGCAGCAGGCUGCAGAUGGCUUGUACCCCGCCCGUAAGGAUUUUUCCGUUCCUGUGACCCGCCCUGAAGAGAGCGCAGGGAAUCAUCAGAGGGCAGCUGAUGAGAUGCGGGAAUACGAGGGGUGUUAGAAUUGUUGAGUAGCAAGACAGAGAGAAGCGGUUGAGUGAAGUCCCACAAAAUUGCUAAAUGCAAAGCAGAUGAUAAGACCGAGUCAUGCAUGUGCUGCCACUUAUUCCCAGCUAGGAAACCCUGAACGUAAUUUGAAUGUUUUCAUCGGCUGAGGGAUACCAGAAGAUCUACGAACUAGUUCCUUGUCAUGUGCGAUCGUGCAAGAGUUAAGGUCAAAUCAAUAUUAUGCAUUUACUAAAGGGGCUGAGGCAAGUACAAAGGUCCUGCAGGAGAAUUGUGGGUGAUGAAACCCCAAUUCACAGUCUUACCUUUUCGGAGAUGGAUGGUUCGGGUUUGUCAUGAUGGACCAUCAGGUUUCUGCCAUCGUUAUGCGUUCCCGAGCCCGAUGCCAUAUCUGUUCCACGUAGUAACCCUUUUUUGCUCCUAAAUUCAUUUGACA